AUGGCAAAAGAUAUUGGCAAUGUAGUUGAAGCCAUGUAUGGGGACCUCCCUCCUCCAAUUAUGCUGAUUGGACAUAGCAUGGGUGGAGCUAUUGCAGUCCACACAGCAGCAUCCAACCUGGUGCCAAGCCUCCUGGGUCUGUGCGUGAUUGAUGUUGUGGAAGGUACAGCCAUGGAUGCGCUUAAUAGCAUGCAGAAUUUCUUACGUGGUCGUCCUAAAACUUUCAAGUCUCUGGAGAAUGCCAUUGAAUGGAGUGUGAAGAGUGGCCAGAUUAGAAAUCUGGAGUCUGCCCGUGUCUCUAUGGUUGGCCAAGUCAAAGAGUGUGAAGGAAUUACAAGUCCAGAAGGCUCAAAAUCUGUAGUGGAAGGAAUCAUAGAGGAAGAUGAAGAUGAUGAAGAAGGAAGUGAAUCAGUAAAUAAGAGGAAGAAGGAAGAUGACAUGGAGACCAAAAAAGACCAUCCAUACACUUGGAGGAUUGAGCUGGCAAAAACUGAAAAAUACUGGGAUGGCUGGUUUCGAGGCUUAUCCAAUCUCUUUCUUAGUUGUCCUAUUCCUAAAUUGCUGCUCUUGGCUGGUGUUGAUAGAUUGGAUAAAGAUCUGACUAUUGGCCAAAUGCAAGGGAAAUUCCAGAUGCAGGUCCUACCUCAGUGUGGCCACGCAGUCCAUGAGGAUGCCCCAGACAAGGUAGCUGAAGCUGUUGCCACUUUCCUGAUCCGGAACAGGUUUGCAGAGCCCAUUGGUGGAUUCCAGUGUGUGUUUCCUGGCUGUUAG